AAAAUUGACGAUAAAGUAAAUGCCCUAUAUAUUGCGGAAGUUAUUCAACGUGUCUGGGAUAACGAAACAAAAAAACCAGAGAUGCUAGACGAGGACUACACUCGCAGCGUCAUCACCACGAUUGCAAAAUCAUACUGGAGAAACUUAAGUCAGCAAGUUUCUAGCCACUUGUCGCCUGAGAAGACAGAAAAGCUUACCAACAAGCAAAUCAAUUCUCGUCGUCGUGGACGACGUCAAACUGCGGCAAAUCAUCGCCACGAAGCUGUUCCGGAGUUUGAGAGAUCCUAUGAACACCAAGGGUCAGUUGCGCUGAUUGACACAGACUACGGAUCAGACAUCCUGUCAUACGACGAGGCUAAGCUGAGCACUGACACGAAGGACCGUCGCAAGGACCAAGGCCAAGGCAAGACAAGUUGCAGAGUUGUUGGGUUAGAGUGGCAAUCAAUAGACUAUGUAGCAUUUCUCCGCAUGUUAGAUGAGAUACAUAGGUGUGGUGGAGGAGCCAAUACGCAGGACAGAUCUACGGAGCCUUCAGCAAAGCGCCACAAGCUAGCCAAGGGCAGGGGAAAGGGAAAGGAAACACUCAAGAUGACCUUCGACGCACAUCCCUCUGAUAUGAGUCAUCGUCUCCCCAAGUCGGGGAAGUCCACGGCCCUCUUAAAUACCAUGGUCGAUGCAGUGUGGUUGGAGAGGCACAAAGAAGAGGUAAAGGUGGUUGAAGGUGCAGAGUGGCCAAAGGAGUUUCGUAAAAAUGAGCGUGAGGAAGACCUGGCAUUAGAAGAUAAGAAAUACCUCGCUGAGUUGGAAGAGUGGCAGGCGGAUGAGGAGGAUAACACGGAUGAGUAG